CGUUCCGCAGCCAUCGCCCAAAGUGGCUUAGUGCUCGAGCUCCCCAACAGUGACGUUAGAGGGGGCAACAGGUGCUGUCCUCGGCCCAAAGUUGCUGUGGCGGUGGUUUUACAGUACAGCUGGCGUUGUUGCUCCGCCAUCACUACCGCCUUUUAAAUCCAACUGCAUCGGCCAUCGGGUUCUCGCCAUUGCAUCGCCCCUCCGCUGCAGAGACCAUCGCGGCGUGUUUGCCAAUUCUAUUCAGGCUCUAACCAACUCCUGGCCGAUCCCCCUAACGUCGUCCAGCAUGGCGCCCAUCACCGGCCCCCUCCUCCCGUUUCGCGACAUCAACCUCAAAGUCACCAACGAGGCCUACGUCUUCACCUCCCCGUCAUCUCCCGAUGCGCCGGCUCUCCUCAUCGACCGCCCUACUGGCGAUAUCCGAGUUAGCCAGGGAGCAUUGCCUGCUGGCCGCAGAGCCACUCGCGUCUCCAGCAUCUCUGGAAUCUUGGGCAUGAUCCAGCUUCGUCUUGACAAGUAUGUUAUCGUGAUCAGCAAGGCCAAGCCCGUUGGCCGACUCAAGGGCGACAUGGUAUACAAGGUUAUCGCUACUGAGAUUCUGCCCAUGCGAGAGCGCCGAAUCCACGACCCCGAUGAGGAUACAUUUGUCCGCCUUCUUGAGGACUUUCUGCGAAGCGCCCCGUUGUAUUUCUCAUAUUCGCUCGAUCUCACAAACUCAUUCCAACGACAGGCACAGUCUGACAGCUCCAAGCCUCUCUGGAUGAGAGCCGACGAUCGCUUCUUUUACAACCGCUACCUGCAGUCGGACCUCAUCAACUUCCGCAUGACCGGCAGUCGCAGCCAGCCAGGAGCACAGAUUGGCAUCGACCCUUAUAUUCUUCCUUGCAUGUUUGGCAUGUUUGAAAUGAAGGAAACCAAGUUCAAGGGCACGCCUCUCAACUUGACCCUCAUCUCUCGCCGCUCUCGUUUCCGUGGUGGAACUCGCUACUUCACUCGUGGUGUCGACGAGAAGGGUCAUGUUGCAAACUACAACGAGACUGAACAAAUUGUCAUUCUCAAUGAUUCUGUUGGCAGCAUGGGCGGCUAUGAAGGCAGCUCUGACAUGCAGAGCGGUAAGCUUGGCUCAUCCGGCAGUGAGCGUCAGGUUAUGUCCUACGUUCAAACGAGAGGCAGUGUGCCCACAUACUGGGCCGAGAUCAACAGCUUGCGUUACACUCCCAAGCUGCAGGUCCGCGGUACUGACGCUGCUCUAUCUGCUGCGCAGCUGCACUUUGACGAGCAGAUCAACAUCUACGGCGAUAACUACUUGAUCAACCUUGUCAACUCCAAGGGCCGUGAAAAGGGCGUCAAGGAGUCAUAUGAAAACAUGUGCCAGAUGCUCGCACCCAACUCUGGGUCUGGACAACGCGAAUUCGACCGCGUUCACUACGUCUACUUUGAUUUCCACACCGAAACCAAAGGAAUGAAGAUGCACAAGGCAUACAACCUGGUAGACAGAAUGGCUCACCAGCUAGAGGUGCAGUCCUACUUCCGUGGUGUCGACAUGCCCGCCGGCAUUGACGACAAGGUCGAUGCUCGCAGCAUGCAGACGAGCGUUAUGCGAACCAACUGCAUGGACUGCCUCGACCGAACCAACGUUGUGCAGAGCAACUUUGCCCGCUACAUGCUAGACCGCAUCUUUGUUGAUGUCGGCCUCAUGAGCCGUGGCUCUUCAUUCCGGGAUGAGGAUCCUGCCUUUGAAUUCCUCUUCCGCAACCUCUGGGCCGACAAUGCCGAUACCGUUUCCAACUCGUACUCUGGCACCGGUGCCAUGAAGACUGAUGUCACCCGCACAGGCAAGAGAACCAAGCUUGGUGCUCUCCAGGAUGGCCGUAUCGGUCUCACCCGUUACUUCCGUAACAACUUCCUUGAUGGACCCCGUCAAGACUCUUUCGACCUGUUCCUUGGUGAAUACCAGGCUGGCCAGUCGAGUAUCGGGUCAGGACCCGUCUUUGCUGAUAGACGACCACUGUUGAUCCAGUCGAUCCCCUAUGUUUUGGCCUUUGCCAUCUUCAUUACCAUGGUUGGCAUCUUCACCAAACGGGAUCCCGAUGCUCAGUUGCUCCCCAUGCGCAUCUUUAUUCUCGUCUGGACCGGUGUUGCGGCGUGGUGUUUGCACUUCAUCUACGGCCACGGCAUGCUCUAUGUCAACUGGCCUCGCCUCAAGCCCCGCCCUUUCGCUACCGAAGGCUACAACGAGCACUUCUCCAAGGCCAGAAAAGCGGCUAUCAUUGGAUCCUUUGUGGCUAAGCAUGAGCGUGGUCUAAGCACUGCGCACUAUCUUAAUGCUGAGGAAGGGAAAAAGAGAAUUGAGUAAAAGCGGAGAAAGAAGGGUUGUUACUGUUUGCGGAGGCGCUCGUUUAGUAGAACCUAUAGUUGCUGUCUUACAGUUUCGUUUGUCACUAAUAAUAAUAUUGCUUCACAUUUUUGACAAUCUGUACAUGGUGCGCUCUUUAUUUAUACAUGCUAAAUUAAUGAUUACAUCUAUUUUGUUUAAGACUUAGCAACGGCGUCAAAGCGACGAGGGCCGUGUCGAAAACACUGGGGUAUCAAAUGCUGUAAAGGACUCCAACCCAAUGGUUUAAUGCAAGAUGAGGAUACAGAAAGAAAACGCAAGGAAAGUAAAACUUUGAAAAAGGUGAGAGAAAGACAGGAGGAGGCUAUUCAAGCCAGAACAUCCAUUUGAUACCUGUCCAUAUGCCGUUUCCGAUACCAAGGAAGAUACGCAGGAUCAUGACGACAAACCAUACAUACCACAUGAAACCGACGACGAGCCAUUCAACGCUGAGCCAUAGCGCGCGACGGACCCAGCGCAGUCUGCGGCGUCGUUUGCGGAGCAUCUUCUCAAUAAUGUCAACGACAUGCUUGACUUUGAGGGGUUGAUCCAGCGCGAGGUUCUUGCUGGUUGCGUCGGCGUCAUCCGCGGCUCUCCUAGUCAACUCAGACAAAUCAUCGCCGAGUCUAGAGCGUACGCCGCCAAUGCGCUUGUGUAGCUCAGGGCUGGUGAUACUGGUAAAUCGGUCGGCGGACGUCUGCCAUCUUUGGCCAGACAUUUGAAUAGCAAUGCUUAGCGAUUGUGCUGCGAUGGGGUAUAGUUCGUAGAAGGGAACCAGUCGGUCCACUUGUUUUGCUUGUUCUGGGCAGAGACGCUGAAUAUCUGCCCAUGGGAUUUGCGCGGAAUCGCAAGAGCCAUUCGAUACAAAUGGUUUAUGCUUUUCCUGGGCUCGGCGAUCAAUUUCCAUUGCCUUAAUACCGGAGCUGAGCACCAAUGUUUUGAGUCGUGCAAUCUCGCGACGCGAAAGUUGAGUCUUUUGAGAGACUCUAUUUUGCUCAUCAGCAAUAGACCAUUGUCGGCUCUUUCGAUGCGAGACAUUGUAGGGAGGUAGAGCAAUAGCCGAGUUCAGUCGCUUGUUUGCAUCGCGGAUGCCUUCGAGCAUUCGACUCUGCACCGACUCAGCCUCCGAAAUAUCUGCAUCGCCAGAACCACGCUUCGCCCCUCGCUGUGGAGAGAGUGACGAGGAAGAGCUUCGGGGUCCAACUUGAGGUGGGCUAAGGAGCUUGGAUUUUGAAGUUGACUGAGCAGUAGGUGGUGACGUCUUCUGACCUUCGCUUGCACCAGCACGUUCCAGAGCAGCCGGCGUGUGCUGGAAUUCCGGCAUUUUGUCAAGGAAAUGCUUCGGCUGUUUUGGUUCGUACUGGCGAUGUUGCGUACCAGUUAGAUCAGAUACGCUUGUAGACGUCUUUGAGCGAGCCCGCCCGCGGUCACUGUCGGAUUCAUCUGUAACAUCAAACUCGCCGUGCGGUUCACCAGAGCCAUCCUUCUUUCUAAGAAUAUCGCCUAUCUUAGAGACGCUUCCACGGAUAGUAUGACCUUUGAAAAUGCCUCUGAUACCAAUGUUCUCAUCCUGACGAUGACGUAAACUUGUAGCUCGACGAUGACCCUUUGCGCCAUCAUGGGUUGCUCCGUUUGCUGGUCUCUUGAGAGUGCCAUUGCCCUCGUCACUGUGGUUGACACUCUCUGGAGACUGGCUAUUAUCCUGACGAGGUACUGUUAAAAGCUCCGGUCUCUCUGGCGAAUCCGAGUUUGACUCUGGAGAUUUGUCCUGAAUCAGGUGCUUGAUUUUGCUAAUGGGAUUCCUUGACGGAGACGAAGGCCGGAGUCUGGGCGAGAGCUCCAUGUCUGCUGGACCCUCUGAGUAGGAUUUAAAAGGCUUCAUUUCUGGCGAUGUGGGCAAAGAUGAAUCAGGAUCCAGGGAGCCCGAGUAGUUAUGAGGAGUAGUUUCUUUGUGUUGACCAAAGCGGAAUCUUGGUGGUGAUGCGGCCCGAAUCUUUUCCAAUGUUGACCGAUGGAGUUCCGAGUCACUGAACUCGAUCAACGAUGCGCGCCUGCUUUGAAGGCGACUAUUCGAUUUGGAUGAAACAUUCCUUUCUGGAGUCAUCAUGCUUGUUGGGACCAGCUGGCCAAUAUCGGAAACAGGGAUAUCGCCAGGAGCUCGGUCUCGGUUUUCUUGCGCAAUCAUUUCCAACAUUUGCUUUUGUAGAAUGUCGUUGUUGUUGGUCAUUGAUGUGUCGGCUCGUUGAUGUGACGCUUUAUUGCGUUUCUCGGCUGGCUCAUGUUCGCUAUCAGAAAAUUCAGAUGCCGAAUCCUUUUUGGCCCAUGGCUUGCUAAAGUCUUCAUCGUCUUGACUCAACCAAGGGUUGGUAUCCUUGAUAUUUUGUCUCGAAUCCUUGGGGCGUUCGACAGUGCCCGAAUGAGCGUGCGAUUCUGGUCUGAUUCGUGAUGCCAGACCCUCUGAGGAGCUCAAAGGGUGCUCAGCAGACAGUGGUUGAAAGGAAACAGGCACAUUGCCUGUAUCGUCAACUUGGCGAGACAUUGGACGAGAGAGAUCCCAUCUAUGAGGAAAGAUCUUUCGCCACUGACGAUCCUCAAUCAAAGACCGGUUAUCAUCCUGUUCAAGCCAGUAGGCGUCUGCAAUGAUGUCGCAUGGCUCAAUAAACCAAUCGACUCUUGCACGACGAGUCCGAGGUGCAGCUUUUACGGUACCAUCCCCGGACAUUUGAGCCAGUGCUGCGUCAGCACCUGGGAACUCAGGCAUGCUGGGCUCUUCAAAUGGGUUUGUCGAUAAGGCGUUAUCUUGAUAGAACCGGUCAACCCAUGUUCGAACCUCGUCAACGUCGCCGAAACCUUGGCGCCCGCCAUCGAUAACCCUUCGCUCUCUAGCGCGGACCUUGCGAUUUCUGAUGUAUUGUAGAGGAUUAUACUUUCGGCCUACAGUAUUGCGAUUGGCUGCUGCGGUCCACGAGAAUACUUUCCCGGCUGCAGGGGGCGACCCGGGAGGGCUACUUGUAAUUGGGCGGUUAUAUCGCGGUGCAAGAGGUGGAAGAACUUCGAGCAAGCGACGGUACUGGGCUAGGAGCUCCAGUUGCUCUUUGGCCUUUUGAGCUCUAGCCAAGGUUGAUGCGGAAAAGUGGUAAUUAUAUGAGGUUUCGUGGCCCAGGUCGAAGGCUGCUUGGAGGGGGCUUGUUAGGCGUAGGCCAGAACUGAUUCGAGGUGACGGCAUCUGUGGCUUGGGCGAGAUGGUGUGAGAAGCUCUACGUUGCUGUUUGAGUUGUUGCCGAAGAUCACUGCCUGUAGAAGAAUCUGGCAUCGGUGCUAGACGAGGCGGUGUAGCUCGGGAGACGACUCUCCUCGAGGCGAUUCGUCUUGAUUCGCUCAAGUUUAGAGCCAUGUGCACAAUUUGAGCCGAAUCUGCAUCUAUGCUCUGUCUGGAAUCUUCAAGACCCAGACCAUGUGCAUUUGUAGUAUUGUCCUGGUCCAAUGAACCUUGAGAGGAGCCGGAGAAGUUUACAAAUCUGUUGUUGUCGUAACUGAUUCUAGACUUGCUGCCCUCCUCCGCAGUGUUGGGCCGUCCAGCGUCUGCCGCCUUUUUGGACGCCAGGAUUGCCAUACGGACCGGAGGUCGUUGGCUUCGAGAUCUCCGCUGGCUGCUAGAUGGCUGGAGCAAGAACGCUCCCGAGCCUCGAUUCUUCUUCUUGCGUCUAGCGAGGUCAUCGGCAGCGGCAUCGGGGUCGUCAACGCUGGUGGCUGGGCUGGUGCUGUCUCUCGUUUCGUGUGAUGACGGCGUGAGGCGGCGGUUAUUGGAGCGUUGGCUUUCGGAAUUGCUCCAUCGACUUAAUCCAUGGCCUGGCUGCUGGUCGUUAGUGUCCGGCGUCGUAGGCAGCCCAUGCUGAUUCUGUUGUCGUAGGUCCGUCAUCGUGGCAGACCUCAAGCGAGAGAGCUGCGCGGUGGAAGCUGCUGGUGAUGAAAUGGAGUUAAGGCAUGCUACGCCUACAAGCUGGAAGACGUCUCAUAUCACAGCGUAUUUGCAGGACAGUCUAUGCUGGGAACAAACCCUUGAUGGGGGAAUUGAGAGUGUUUGUU